UGGAUUAGAAGAGCAAGCAAAGUUAGUCUCAGAAGAACUGGGGACUGAUUAUUUGUGGAAGGAAACUGAUUUUCGGGCUGCAACCAAAGAGGAUGAGAAAAGGAUCCAAUCAGCUUUGGAUAUGGAGGAAUCCAUUCCAGGAAAUUGUGAUUGGGCUGUGAAGCUGGGGAUCAAUCUUUUCUACAGUGCUAAUCUUAGCUGGUCGCCGCUUUAUAGUAAGCAGAUGGCAUACAAUUCUGUGAUCUACAAUGCAUUUGGUCGUGCAUCUCCUGUAAGCUCACCUAAGAAGUCUACUAAUAAUGUUUCUGGACGGUCCGGCAAGCAGAGAAAAAUGAUGGUAGGUAAAUGGUGUGGCAGAGUUUGGAUGUCAAAUCAAGUGCAUCCCUUUAUAGCAAAGUGGGAUUCCCAGUAUCCUGAUCAGGAAGAGAAGGUUGAGGUACAAGAAACACAUGUCCUGCAAAGAGAAACCACAAGAGUCUCUGUCAAAUCUGGGAAGAGAAAGAAACCUCCAACAGCAAAGAAGCCCUCAGUUAUGAAAGUUGUGCCCAUGGAGACUGAGGCUGCUGCUUCAGACGGUUUAGGUGUUUCUCAUAAGCAGAUUAGGAGGCUAAACAGCCGGAAGAGAACUGGAGGACCUCGAAGAGAAGUAUCAGCAGACAAUUCUGUGGAGGAGCAUGAUGAGAGCUUGCACAGAAAAAAGAUAGCAACAGCUAUUGUGAAUGAAGAUAUUGAUUCUGAUGAUUCUCUACAUCAGUACAAGAACACUAGAAGUGAGCAAGCCAAACAUUUCGACUGUGAAAAACAUUCAGGAUUCUAUGAAACAGCACGGAAAGCUCCCAAAAAGCAACUGAGAACACCUAGAGUCAGUCAGACCAAAUAUGUCGAGAAAGAAUCAGAAGCUUCAGACGAUUCAUUAUUACAAGAGAACAACAUUUUUCAAUGGCAUGGAAGAGUUCCUAGAAGUAAUAUGCAAAUGAAAUUAUUGGAGAGAGAGCAGCCAGGUUUUGGAGCUCCACUAGAAGAAGAGAGUUCUCAGAAGUCUCAUAAGGUCUAUCAAAGGAGAAAAGGCAAAUGCGCAGAAAAGGAAGAUGCAGCAGCAGCUCCAAGCGAGAUGACAGAAAGUAUUAUCUCUCAUAGGCAGAACAGUUACAGCAGGAUUCCUGAGGAAGCUGUGUUUGAUGAUGAUAAUGAUUCUCUAGAUGGUGUUCAGUGGCGCACUACAAGCGUCUCUGAAGUGGAGAGAGGACCCAGAUCUUCUGAGAGGGAAGAUGCUAUGUCUGAUGAUGCUUCAAACUACAAUGAUCGAAGGGCUAUUAUGCUUCGGGGCAAAGAUCCCAUAUUUGAUUCCACAGAAGAUCUCGUAGUUUCAGAUGAUCCACUUUACAAUGAGGAUGCCCAUCAAAGAACCAUUCCUAGAGGCAACAAAAGGGCCAAAGUUACAGAAGAAAGACAACAUGACUUUACAAGGAAGACUCCAAGAGGUAAUAAGCGAACCAAAUUUAUCAAAGGAGAGAUGGAGGAUGAUGUGGUUCCAGAUGAUUUGGUAGGAGAAAGGUAUAACCAGCAGCAGCAAGGGAGAUCUCUUAGAAGCAAGCAGCAGAGGAAACCUGUAGCGACCCUUAGCCAGAUGAAAAGCCAAACUCCACAACAGUUGAGAAGUGGGAAGAAGCCAAUGCAGAAAGAGACUCUUCCUCUUUCAGUGACACAGCAGAAGAGGCAUUUUAAGGAUGAUGAUGAAUCUGACCAGGAAGGCGGGCCUAGCACACGCCUGAGGAAAAGGCCAUCAAAAUCUACCCCUCAAGUGUCUGGAACUAAUAAAUCUAACAAGGAGAAGCAGGGAGGUAGUAGUAGCAGGAUCAAAGUGAUGAAGUAUUCUACUCCAGCUGCUGGUGGACGCAGCAAGAGUGUGAAGGUGAAAGAGAUGGAAGCACAAUACCAGUGUGAUAUUGAUGGAUGCACCAUGAGUUUUGGGUCAAAGCAAGAGCUUAAUGUCCACAAAAGGAACAUUUGCCCAGUGAAGGGAUGUGGGAAGGUGUUCUUCUCGCAUAAGUAUCUGGUGCAGCAUAGGAGAGUUCAUGUGGACGACAGGCCACUUAAGUGCCCAUGGAAGGGGUGCAAGAUGUCAUUCAAGUGGGCUUGGGCUAGAACCGAGCACAUCAGGGUUCACACAGGUGCACGCCCGUAUGUGUGUGCAGAAGAAGGAUGCGGCCAAACGUUCAGAUUUGUGUCAGAUUUCAGCCGUCACAAGAGAAAGACUGGUCAUAUAGGCAGGAAGGACAGCGAGUAAAUUCGUGGAUAACAGGAAGUAGGGAAAGCUUAACAUUUGCUAAUGGAAGAAACUGUUGUAGCAUUGAGAAGGUCUAGAUCUAGGGGUGUAGCAUUGAGAAGGUCUAGAGCUAGGGGUUUUUUCAUUGCUUAUCGUUAGAUUCAUUCUGAGAUAUCAACAUAACCAUUGGAUAUUUUGAUAGAUAAUAUUGAGCGAUUGCAUUGAACCUUUAGUAUUAACCCUUGUCCACAUUAAAAAAAAAAACCCCUUGUCCAAGUCUUUAACCGGAGGUAAGGCAUUGGGGCUUGUGAUUGUUUUUUUAUAGGUAUUGUUAGGGUUGGGCAAUGGGGUUGGGUGAAUUUUGGUCUGACCUACUCGCUUACUAGCGAGUUGGAAUAAUUGUGACCCGCAAUUCAGUCACAUAUUUUUGUGAGUUGGAUUGGGUGGGUGGCGGAUGGGUAUGGUUGGGUAGUGUGUCAAUCGGCAGAAGCAAUUCUCCAACUAACCAUUAAGAAAAUUGACUAACAUUUAUAAUAAGUUCAUAGUAAAUUAGUAAGAUUGUAUCAACAAUUUGUGAUUUUGAUACAAUUAAUUAUUUAUACUUUGCAUCCCAAUAUUUAAUGGAUAUUAAUAAUUUGCAUACCAAUAAUAGUAGUCAAAACAUUCUUUAUUCUCCACCUUUUGAAGUAUACAGUCAGAGUGUAGUGCAGUUCGUAAAUAUCAAUGUUGUCAAAAGCGAACUGGAGUAUGACCUGAUAAUGUGAACGACUCAGUUUUUAACGGUCUAACCGGUAGUAAACCGUUUAAAAGCCGUUAGAAAAUCGGUACCUAAUAAAAAACCAGUAUAAAAGUGGACACUUCUUAAUCAUGGUAAACCAUGACAAAAAUAGUAAAUUACACUCUUAACAAUUCCAAAACAUGCAAGCUGGGAGCGGGGAGCGGCUACAGGGGCUGGGGAUGGCGAUGAUGGCAACGAGAAGUGACGAUGGAGCAAAGAGUUGCUACUAAAAGAGGGUCGGGGACGUAGACUGGCGAUGGUGAGCAGGGAGCUGCUACGCUGACUAGGGAUGGCGACGAUGUCGACAAGAAGUCAGGACCGGAUGUGUUGACGGUGGCAGGGUUUGGGACCGCUCUUCUCCCUCUGUUCACGAAGAGUCGAAGUCGAAAACUGAAUUAGAAUUAGGGUUUCUUUCCCAGGGCCACGAUUUUGCCUUUCAUUUUCAAUUUUUUAUUUUCUUUUUCAAUUUUUCUUAUUAAACAGAACGACUGAAAGGGGAAAACCGAGCGACAGGUUCAAGCGGCUCGAGCGAUUAACCGCCUCGGCCGCUCCAUAAAACCGAAGCGGCUAAAUGACUGGCCUGAACCGGUUUGCACCGGGUGGUGACUUUAGCGGUCCGGCCGGCCGGCUCGGUCCGGUCUUAAUAACAGUGGUAAAUAUGA